UCAAUAUUCAGCUUUAGUGCGACCGGAGCCUGGUUUAUGAGAAGAGUCACAGAUCGGGGAUGAACUGGGCCGGACUGCAGCUCCUCCUCAGCGGGGCGAACCAGUACUCCACCAGUUUUGGUCGGGUUUGGCUCUCCAUGGUGUUUGUGUUUAGGGUGCUGGUGUACGUCGUGACAGCGCAGAGCGUUUGGGGUGAUGAAUCCAGAGAGUUUGUGUGCAACACAAGGCAGCCUGGCUGCACCAACGUCUGCUACGACAGUAUCUUUCCCAUCUCCCAUGUCCGCCUCUGGGCUCUACAGCUCAUCUUCGUCACCUGCCCGUCCCUCCUGGUGGUUGCUCACGUCAAAUUAAGAGAAGAGAAAGACAAAAAAUUUGCAGAAUUGCAUGGGGGUGAACAUAUGUACGCUCGCCCGGGCAAAAGGCGAGGGGGCCUGUGGUGGACCUACAUGCUCAGCCUUUUCUUUAAAGCAGGUUUCGAUAUCAUGUUUCUCUACAUCCUUUAUUCUAUCUACGAUGGCUUUGACAUGCCACGUCUCUCCAAGUGUUCUCUGUCACCGUGUCCGAAUACGGUGGACUGUUUCAUCUCGCGGCCUACGGAAAAGAAAAUCUUCACGAUCUUUAUGGUGGUAACGGCUAUAUUUUGCAUCCUGAUGUGCGUGACUGAAAUAUUCUAUCUGAUCGGGAAGAAAAUAUUUAAAAAAGUUAUUAAGCAAAAGCUUCUUGGAAGAGAGCCUGGCGGGAAUGAUGUUCCAGAUUACGGAAAUCCAAAAGAGAAACGAAGAAGAGAUCCGACCCUCCCCAGUGUGGAAAACCUCAGCUUAAUUAAACGGACAGAACCACCUGCUGAAAAAAGUGCCAUUUAGUUAGGGGGCGCCGUUAUUAAUUAAUUUUUUACUAACAAAUUGUUAAUUGAUUUUCUAAUU